AUGAAUCAGUUGGCGCAACAAAUCCAAGAAAUGAAGAUCGGCUACAAUAAACUUGCCGCUCUGUUGACAACCCAAGCUGAAGCUAAUAAUCCAAGAAUGAGGCCCCAGCCAGAGUGUCCACAACGAGAAUGUCUGACCGAAAGAGAAGCCCCAGUUCUCUCCGAAAGAAGAUCAGCCCAGCCAAGUCACACUCUGAGAUGUGAGGUUGAAGCCAAUUAUGGCAACGUCGAUGAUGACUAUGAUCUUGAAAGGGAAGUCUUCGCAGGAGAAAGAAACAAUGUUAAUAUUCAACCAAGGGAAACUAGAGAAACUUACCCACUAAUCAAUGACGAUGAUUUAAUGCAAUAUAAUGAUGCUGCUGCUCCCAUUAGAGCCCCAAGGAGGAAACGAGGACUGUCGGUAAUUGAUUUGUUAGCCCCGUACAAUAUCACUGAUGAUAUUUUGACUAAACCUUCAAGUGCUACGGUUGGACAAAUAUUACAGUACCCCAACCAACAUAGGAAUUUGGCAAAAGCCCUUCGAAGGCCCCUAUUAACAGAAGAAACCCACUAUGAAAAGGUCGAUCUCGAAGGUUUUGUUGGUGAUGAGAAUGAUAUGUUUGAUCAAUUGGUCUAUGAGGAAGAAGUAGAGGGAACGGAAGCAUACCUGUCCCAUGUUGAAGAAUUGCUCACAACCCCUGUUGAAUCUGAAACGAAAGACCUGGAAGAGAAAAUCAGCAAGAUGGAUGUCAGUAAAGAAUUAAAUGAUGAGCAACAAAAGGAGGCUAAAGAAAUGCUAAAGAAGGAAAAAGAUGUUUUUGUACAAACCGUUGAAGAACUUGGAUACACCAACCGAACCAACCAUAUGAUUGACACGGGUGACGCUGUCCUAUUAAACAAAAGGCAUGUAGAGCUGCCUCGGUGUUCAAGAGUUCAUAAAGAAUGA